AUGAGUGCAAUUGAAAAGAACACAUGUAUUCGUUUGAGGAAACGCUCGCGAGAAAGCUCAUUCCUCGACUUGCGAAACGUAUACGGCGAAGGAUGUUACACCUCUGUUGGUCGUCUUCCGGGCCGAAACGUCGUGAUGCUAGAAGCGAACAAUCAAGCGACCUGUAUGGAGUAUGACAUUGUGCUCCACGAACUGCUUCACGCAGUUGGCUUAUGGCAUGAGCAUAUGAGAAGCGAUCGUGACCAGUUCAUCAAAGAUAUCAUUGGAAAAGCACGGGAUGCAUCUGCCAGUGACUACUACAAAGUAUGCGCGAUAUACAACUGCCCGAAUGGGCGCCCGUCGAAGAAACCCAACAAAACGAUUAGUAUUCCAGAAUACGGUGGUAGGGGUGAAAACGAUAUCUACGAUAGAGGUGGAUACGAUCCAUAUGAUGUUAUCAAAAAAGCCCAGUCAAUUUUUGACUGGUUAUUUGCAAUGAUGCCCAUGUGA